AUUGAAACGCAACGCCUUACGCAUUCCCUGUAGCUUCCCUACUCACGCGUUCACACAUUCAAACAAUCACAACCGUUGAAUGAAAUCUAGCAGUUCAUAUUCUAUACGAAUAAAGCCGACUUCAAACACGCAUCUAAAACACAUACCGUUCGAUCUUAAUCCAAGGGUUCCAAUCGACGAAUCCGCAAAUGCGUGAACGCAGGGAAUCGGGAAGGAAGGUUCGACGGAAGAACCUUCUCUGACUCGCUAAACGAAAAAACGAACGAACGCUUUCUCUUUCUUCCACGCGCUUUCCUUCUCCUUCUCCUUCUUCACGAUCAGAUCCUUUGAAACCCUAAGCAAAAUUGGAAUCCGAAUAAGGAUAGGGAAAAGGAGAAGGAGAUGUAUAGCAAUUUCAAAGAGCAAGCAAUAGAGUACGUGAAGCAAGCGGUGCACGAAGACAAUGAAGGUAAUUACCCUAAAGCGUUUCAGCUUUACAUGAACGCCUUGGAGUACUUCAAAACGCACCUCAAGUACGAGAAGAACCCUAAGAUCAAGGAGGCCAUCACGCAGAAAUUCACCGAGUACCUCCGCCGGGCCGAGGAGAUCCGGGCCGUCCUCGACGGCCCCGCAGGCCCCGCCUCCAACGGGGAUGCAGCCGUCGCCACGCGGCCCAAGACCAAGCCCAAGGAUGGCGACGCCGACGGGGAGGACCCCGAGCAGACCAAGCUCCGGGCCGGCCUCAACUCCGCGAUCGUCCGCGAGAAGCCCAACGUCAAGUGGAACGACGUCGCGGGCCUCGAGAGCGCCAAGCAGGCCUUGCAGGAAGCCGUUAUCUUACCCGUCAAGUUUCCUCAGUUCUUCACCGGUAAACGACGACCUUGGCGAGCGUUUUUGUUGUACGGACCACCGGGGACAGGUAAAUCGUAUCUGGCCAAGGCCGUCGCAACAGAAGCUGAUUCUACGUUUUUCAGUGUUUCUUCAUCAGACCUGGUUUCAAAGUGGAUGGGUGAAAGUGAAAAACUGGUUUCAAAUCUUUUCCAAAUGGCUCGCGAGAGUGCACCUUCUAUCAUAUUCAUUGAUGAAAUAGAUUCUCUGUGUGGUCAGCGUGGAGAAGGGAAUGAGAGUGAAGCUUCAAGACGAAUUAAAACUGAACUUCUGGUGCAGAUGCAGGGUGUAGGACACAAUGAUCAGAAAGUUCUUGUUCUAGCAGCUACAAAUACACCUUAUGCUCUAGAUCAGGCAAUAAGGCGGCGUUUUGAUAAGCGCAUAUACAUACCCCUACCUGAUAGGAAGGCUCGACAACACAUGUUCAAGGUGCACCUAGGAGAUACUCCCCAUAACCUGGCUGAAAGUGAUUUUGAACAUUUGGCUCGCAGGACAGAGGGGUUUUCAGGUUCAGAUAUAUCUGUCUGUGUGAAGGAUGUUUUAUUCGAACCUGUUCGCAAAACCCAAGAUGCCAUGUUUUUCUUUAAGAAUCCUGAGGGUAUGUGGAUCCCAUGUGGGCCAAAGCAACAGAGUGCAAUACAAAUUACAAUGCAGGAGCUUGCUACGAAAGGACUUGCUUCUCAGAUCCUGCCACCACCUAUAUCGAGAACAGAUUUUGACAAAGUACUUGCUAGACAAAGACCUACAGUAAGCAAGGGUGACCUUGACAUUCAUGAGAGAUUCACAAAGGAGUUCGGAGAGGAAGGAUAAUUCUGAUGGAAUUUUUCUUCAACCAUCUGCACCAGUUUUAACAUGUUAUGAUUUGUAAUUUACAGAGCUAUUGGAUCAAGUGAAAUGCAUAUUUUUACUUCUCAUAAAUUGUGUAUACGAAUAGUCUGAAACGAUCAGAAAAAUAAAUUGCAUGUGAAUAUGUGAUGCUGGUUACU